GGCUUGUAGAAUCCCGAAAAGGUAUCCGCUAUCAUUAGAAGGCACAUUCACUCCUUCGAAGUAGAAGUGCCACGAAGCACAUAACUCCAGAGGAAAUAUCACAAUGGGUCGUGAACUCCAGAAGCGGAAACGUCGCUCAUCGCGGGCGACGGUGCGGCAACCCACCAGCACCAAGAAGCCUCUGAACCCCAUGGGCAACAGCAUCAUCGCGAAGAACUGGAACAAGAAACAGACCCUCUCCCAGAACUACCGCCGCCUAGGCCUCGUAGCCAAGCUCGGCGGCGCGACCGGCGGCGUCGAGCCGGACUUCCUAGGGACCGGGGACGGCAAUGCCGGAGCCAAGGACGGGGCGUCAGCGGUGGGCCCCGCCAACAAGAAGGGCCCCCGCCGCGACCCCUUCGCCGUCACCUUCGCGGUCAAGCCGAUGGCGCAGCAGAUCGUGACCGAGGCGCGGGUGGAACGCGACGCCUCGGGCCGCAUCGUGCGUGUGCUGGACGGCCGGCGCGAGAACCCACUCCGGGACCCGCUGGUGCAGUUCGACAGCGACAGCGAGGCCGGAGAAGAGGAGGCUGAAGAUGCGGAGGAGUGGGGCGGGAUCGACGAGGACGAGGAGGACGAGGACGAGAGCCGGCCGUCGGUGGUCAUGGAGCUGGAGAGGCAGGCCGGAAGGCCCCUCGAGAAGAGGCUGCGGCACACGAGCAGGGGCGAGGGCGAGUGGCUGGAGCGGCUGGUGGCGCGGCACGGCGACGACGCGGCCGCCAUGGCGAGGGACCGGAAGCUUAACCCCAUGCAGCAGACCGAGGCGGAUAUCUCGCGCCGCCUGAGGAGGUGGAGGGCUGGCUCGGGAAAGGCGUGAACGGCGGCCUUGAUUUGGCCCGCGGGUUAGAUCCUUCCCGCUGGAGGCGGGAAGUGGGGAAAAGAGUCUGGCAUUGGAAGCUCGAUGACUGCCAAAAGUUCGGCUGCAUUCAUGACAGGAGACGCAGGCACCUGCAAUCCUGUGAAUUCGCCGCCAGCCGGCGCUAGGCCGGAGACUUUAGAAGCGUCCGAGUCAAAUGUCUCAAGCGGCUGUGGCGUUCGUCGUUGGCCAAAGGCGGCUGCUCAAAAUCUUUAUAAGAGCCACAACAGAACACACGAAUAGGGGAGAAGCCAAUUGAAAUGCCAUUCAUGAUUGAUAUA